AUGAACACUUGUGUCAAGAUUGUGGCGAGUGGCGUGUCGUUCAAGCAAGCUGCGUCAUUGUAUCAAGAAAUGAUGGACGAUAUCUGGGCCAUGGAGGGCGGACAGUGUUCGGAGAGACGAGUGAUGAACCUUUGUCGAGUUAUGUGUGCAAUGAAUUUAGAGAGACUGAAGGAUCUGUUCAAGAGUGGAGACGUAUGGGCCUUUGCUGUGGCGCUGGAAGUCUGUAAUUGUGCUGGGUCUCCAUUUAUUGAUGUACGCGUUCGAUUCGAGCACGAUGGGGAGAUUCACAGCGUGCAUUUAAUCGGAAUUGUAGUGCUGGAUGACGAUAUGACAGACAGGAGUGUGGAUUUAGUAGAGAAAUAUCUGAACAUCAUAGCGCCGCUUUGGAGGACGAAGCUGAUUGGAGUCAGCCUGUCAAACGAAACUGGAAGCACAGCGCGUGGCUGUACGCAGGGAAUUUUAAACAAAUUGGCUGCAGAGUGUGACUUCCCCAUCUAUGGUGACUACUGCCUUGCGAACAAACUCAAUCAACUGCUUCGUGAGGCUUGCAGGAUCAUUUUCACAGUAGAUUUUACGAAUACCUUGACUGCACUGGUCAGCCGUGUACGAAGCGUGAAGAAACGAAACUCGGACGCACUAAACUGCCUGAAAAUGGUAGAAGGGUCAUGGGAAUCCGCUGUAAAAGUUCUGCAGUGGCUUGUGGCAAAUCAGACCAGGGUGUCUGAGUUUAUUCAGGAAUUUCAAUACGUCGGCGUCCCACCGCCAGCGUGGUGGGUGAUUGCACGUGUGGUUACCAACGUAGCAAAUCGGGUCAAUGGCGUCCUGCUACAACUGAGAGGCAGUACGUAUGAUCGCCAACUUGUCGUCGAUCUGAUGAAUCAUCUCUCCAUGAUGACUAGGGCGGUGGGUCCGUUCAUCUCGUCCGAAUUCCUAUCGAUUUCGUGCGAGGAUAUCGUGAUCGGCUCGUUCUUGCUGAACCCGGUGGCGACGGCUACAUUUCUCAAAUCGCAAGGAAACUUCGCGAGCAACGCAGUGGAUUCGCUGCAGCCUGACACUUACCAGGCUUUGGUGAACGUCACGAGCACGUUUGUCCUCACUGUGCUGUCAAAACUGAGCCAGAUCAUCUCGGAAAGUAACAGUGUUCUCCCUGAAGGUAACAGUUCAUCUAUCUACCAAGUGCCAGCUUUCCUUCCGAAUAAACUGUGCAAAGUGAGACAUCAAGACUUCGUAGUCGCUAUGCAGCUACAGCGAGUGCGUCUGGAGAAACGGUUCUCACGCGACGAAAUUGAGAGAAUUGAGGCUCAACAUCGUACUUUACGGAACGCAUAUUUGCUGGACAAACGUGUGAGUGAUGAGCUUAAUCGACUUCCGGAUUGCUGUUCAUUUUCGGAAGGGUGGGGAGAGGGAAUUGUUGCAGGAGUAGAUUGUCGAGUACUCCGUUCUUUUUGCGGAGCUUUGGCGGCCGUGGCUUCGAGCUCAACGCCCAGGGUUGAUGACUCGGAGUUUAUACUGAUCAACUGGUGCAAGACACCGUUCUCGCAUUCGAUCACCGACUUUUGUCUUGAGGCAACACUACACGCUCAGAAUUAUCGCUCUCGGUCUACAUACUGA